CUGUGAACAUGGAUGUACAAAUAUGUCUUCAAGACCCUGUUUUCAAUUCUUCUGGGUAAAGGCCUCUUUCUUUUCAACACAACCACAAUACCACUGUCACAUCUAAAAAACAAUGACAGUAAUUCCUUAUUUUCAUUGAGUUAUCCAGGCAGCGUCCAUAUUUCUCAGAUCAUCUCGUAUUUUUUUAAUAUGAUUCGUCCACAUAUUGCAUUUGGGAGAUGUGUCUCAAAUCAUUUUUAAUUGACAGGUUCCUCCUCCUUUAUUUUUCCCUUGCAGUUGUUGUUAUUGCUAAAGAAGCUGCAUCAUUUGUCCUGUAUGGUCUUUCACUUUCUGGAUUUUGUUCAUUGCAUCCCUGUGGUGGUGUUUAACAUGUAAUGGUUGGGUCCGGGCUUAUCUGAUUCCUGUCUGAGUGUUUCACAAGACUAUUUGAUAGGCGGUAGUGUCUGUGUCCACCAGAAGGCAGCUCCUGCCCAGCUGAUGUCUGUGUGCAUAUCUGUGACGUUACUAGACUGUGAUGAUCAUUGCUUAGAUCACUCUGAGUAUUUUAAAACACACUUAAGUCCCACGAUUGUUGAGCUCUCUUUUCCCUGUCAUUUCCUCAUGGCCAGACUUCACCCAAAGUAAUCAGUGAGGCCUUACUACCCUCAAGCAGGAGGGAGCAAGCAUUUAAUGGGAGCUGCUCUGGGCAGGGGACGGUAAGGUGACACCAGAGAGGAAACAGUGGUCCUUGUCCUCAAGAAGCUUGAUGUAUAUUUGGGGAGGCAUGUAUAUACCAAAACAACUGGGAAACACGAUUGACUACAAUUAAUUGUUGUUUUAGCCUCUGAGCCCCAGAAGUCAGGAACUUUGCCUAGAACAGUCUGUAGCAGAGUUGACUGGGCACCCCCCCACACACACACAUAUUCUGCUGUAAAUUUGUCUAGGAUAUGACCUAGACAUCAAGAUUUUAAAAUUUUUAUGUGCAUCCAAGUUGAAGCAUCAUUGUCCUAGGAUAGCGGUUCUUAAAAUGUGGUUCCUGGAUCAGCAGCAUCAGCAUCUCCUGGAAAUUUGUUAGAAAUGCCCAAAUUCUUGGCACUCCCUCCCCUCCACUCAAGACCUACAGAAUCAGAAACACUGAAGUGGGACCCAGUAAUCUGUAUUUUCACAAGCCUUUCAGGUGAUACUGAAGCAUGCUUGAGGUUGAGAGCCCUGUCCUAGGUGUUUGUUACAGGAGAAACGAGCAGGAUAAGUGCAAGAGCUUUGCAGAGGAAGUGGCGCUCUUGCUGAGCAAUGGAGAAAGGAGGGGUCAGAUCUGGACACCAGAGAGGAAAGAAGACAUUCUACUGUGGAGACCCACAAUUCUCAAAGGUGAUCUCAGACCAGCAGCAUCAGCAUGCCUGGGAGCUUGUUAGAAAUGCAGAACCUUGGACCUCGUCCCAGACCUACUGAAUCAGAAGAUGCAUUUUAACAAGAUCUCCAGGUGGAUAAAGUUUGAAGAAAAGGUAGAGGAGGGAGGCGAACGCUGGAGCAAGCCCCACGUGUCCACACUGUCCCUGCACAGCCUCUUCGAGCUCCGGACGUGCCUGCAGACGGGAACGGUGCUGCUGGAUCUGGACAGCGGCUCCUUACCACAGAUCAUAGAUGAUGUCAUUGAGAAGCAAAUCGAGGACGGCCUCCUGCGGCCGGAGCUCCGGGAGAGGGUCAGCUACGUCCUCCUGAGGAAACAUCGUCACCAAACCAAGAAGCCCAUCCACCGCUCCUUGGUUGACAUCGGAAAGUCAGUCUCCUCCACCACCAAUCGCAGCCCAGCCCGGGGCCCUGCUGCAGGCCCGAGCCUACACCACUCCACGGAGGACCUGAGGAUGCGGCAGAGCGCAAGUUACGGCCGUCUGUGUCACGCCCAGAGCAGAAGCAUGAAUGAUAUUUCUCGCACCCCAAACCCAGACCAGAGGAAAAACAAAUUCAUGAAGAAGAUCCCCAAGGACUCAGAAGCCUCCAAUGUGCUCGUGGGCGAGGUGGACUUCCUGGACCAGCCAUUCAUCGCCUUCGUGCGUCUCAUCCAGUCGGCCAUGCUGGGCGGAGUGACCGAGGUGCCCGUCCCCACCAGAUUUCUGUUCAUAUUGCUGGGACCCUCUGGGAGAGCAAAAUCCUACAAUGAAAUUGGCCGCGCCAUUGCAACGCUCAUGGUCGACGAUCUCUUCAGCGACGUGGCCUAUAAAGCCCGAAACCGGGAAGAUCUGAUUGCCGGGGUUGAUGAGUUUCUGGAUGAGGUCAUCGUUCUCCCCCCUGGAGAAUGGGACCCCAAUAUCCGGAUUGAGCCACCCAAGAAGGUGCCCUCUGCUGACAAGAGGAAAUCCGUGUUCUCCCUGACGGAGCUGGGCCAAAUGAAUGGCUCAGUGGGGGGAGGCGGCGGCGGGGCGGCUGCAGGAGGCGGUGCUGGAGGCGGUGGUGGUGGCGGAGGGGCCAGCGGAGGGAGCAGCAGGGAUGAUGGAGAGAUGCCAGCCGUCCACGAAAUCGGGGAGGAGCUUAUCUGGACAGGAAGGUUCUUCGGUGGCCUGCUUCUGGAUGUCAAGAGGAAGCUGCCCUGGUUCCUAAGUGACUUCUAUGACGGCUUCCAUAUUCAGUCCAUCUCUGCCAUCCUAUUCAUCUACCUCGGCUGCAUCACCAACGCGAUCACCUUUGGUGGGCUUCUGGGGGAUGCCACUGACAAUUAUCAGGGAGUGAUGGAGAGCUUCCUGGGCACUGCCAUGGCCGGCUCCUUGUUCUGCCUCUUCUCGGGACAGCCUCUCAUCAUCCUCAGCAGCACAGGGCCCAUCCUCAUCUUCGAGAAGCUCCUCUUUGACUUCAGCAAAGGCAAUGGCCUGGACUACAUGGAGUUCCGCCUCUGGAUUGGCCUACACUCAGCCAUCCAGUGCCUUAUCCUGGUGGCCACAGACGCCAGCUUUAUCAUCAAGUAUAUCACCCGCUUCACCGAGGAGGGCUUCUCCACCCUCAUCAGCUUCAUCUUCAUCUACGAUGCCAUCAAGAAGAUGAUCGGUGCCUUCAAGUACUACCCCAUCAACAUGGACUUCAAGCCCGACUCCAUCACCACCUACAAAUGCGAGUGCGUCGCCCCGGAUACAGCAAAUACAACUGUGUUCAAUGCUUCAGCCCUGCUGCCACCAAACACCAACUCUUCUCUGUACAACCCCCUUAACCUCACAGCGCUGGACUGGUCCCUGCUGAGCAAGAAGGAGUGUCUGAACUACGGUGGGCGCCUGCUCGGGAACUCCUGCCAGUUCGUCCCAGACCUGGCUCUCAUGUCUUUCAUCCUUUUCUUCGGGACGUACUCCAUGACCCUGACCCUGAAGAAGUUCAAAUUCAGCCGCUAUUUCCCUACCAAGGUCCGGGCCCUGGUAGCUGACUUUUCCAUUAUCUUCUCCAUCCUGCUGUUCUGUGGAAUCGAUGCCUGUUUCGGCCUGGCAACCCCCAAGCUGCACGUGCCCAGUGUCAUCAAGCCCACGCGGCCUGACCGAGGCUGGUUCGUGGCCCCCUUCGGGAAGAACCCGUGGUGGGUGUACCUGGCGAGCAUCCUGCCCGCCCUGCUGGUGACCAUCCUGAUCUUCAUGGACCAGCAGAUCACGGCCGUCAUAGUCAACCGGAAGGAGAACAAGCUGAGGAAGUCUGCCGGCUACCAUCUAGACCUGUUCUGGGUGGGCAUCCUCAUGGCCCUAUGCUCCUUCAUGGGGCUGCCCUGGUACGUGGCUGCCACGGUCAUCUCCAUCGCCCACAUCGACAGCCUCAAGAUGGAGACGGAGACCAGUGCCCCUGGGGAGCAGCCCCAGUUCCUGGGAGUCAGGGAGCAGAGAGUAACCGGCACCAUCGUCUUCAUCCUGACGGGGAUCUCCGUCUUCCUGGCUCCCAUCCUGAAGUACAUCCCCCUGCCGGUGCUGUAUGGGGUCUUCCUCUACAUGGGCGUGGCCUCCCUGAAUGGCAUCCAGUUCUGGGAUCGCUGCAAGCUCUUCCUGAUGCCGGCCAAGCACCAGCCGGACCACGCCUUCCUGCGGCACGUGCCCCUGCGCCGGAUCCACCUCUUCACCCUGGUGCAGAUACUCUGCCUGGCGGUGCUGUGGAUCCUCAAGUCCACCGUGGCCGCCAUCAUCUUCCCCGUCAUGAUCCUGGGCCUCAUCAUGGUCCGAAGGCUGCUGGACUUCAUCUUCUCCCAGCAUGAUCUGGCCUGGAUUGACAACAUCCUCCCAGAGAAGGAGAAAAAGGAGACAGAGAAGAAGAAGAAGAGAAGGAAAGGGGCCCAUGAGGACAGUGACGAGGAGCCCCAGUUCCCUCCUCCCUCAGUUGUAAAGAUUCCCAUGGAAAGUGUCCAAUCAGAUCCCCAAAACGGUAUCCACUGCAUCGCCAGAAAAAGAUCUUCCAGUUGGAGUUACUCAUUCUGAUUCUCCCUUCAGUGACUCAGACCUCGAUCGAAGCAUCACCUUGCACUUCAAAAUUUCCUGUCCAGCUUCACCUGCUUUCAGCUACCCACAGAGCCCAGUGUUCACGGUGCCACAGGUGAAGAUAGAGAUGGAGUCGGACCGUGACUUCACAGACACGGACAGAUACGGAAGAGAAGCCGAUGGCGAGACCAUCCUCUAGGACACAGAUUCCCCCAGACAGGGCACAGAGUGAGGGCAUGGUUUAAGUCUGCAUUGGGAGCAUCUGGGCCCAAUAACUUCUCUGAGACUCUUUCCUUGUUUACCAAACAGAGGGGGGGGUCACUCCGCUUGAUAGAAAACUGGAGGUCUGUCAAUGAGAAGUGCUUACGUGCAACGUUCUCCCCUGUACUUUGUAGCUAUAAUAACUAAAGCUAAAUGUUAUACCUUAUUUUAAAUGCAGUCCACCAUAGAAAUUAUUCCUUUUGAAAUGAAAAAACAUUUGCCUCCCCAAACUGUAGCUAAAGAUAAAGGGGCAAUAGUCAAUUUUUAUUUAAAAUAAAUUAUCAGUUGAGAUUUUUUUUAAAAGGUUAAAGUAUCUAGACGAUCUUGAAAGAACUAUUAAAAUACUCGUACUUCAAUAGACCAAGGUUGGAAAAUUUGUUUUGCAACUUUGCAUAUUAAGAAAUGCUUCAAAGGCCCUACUUUUCCAUCUCAUUCCCUUUUCUAAGUGUCGUAGGAAGAGCUGGAAGCAUCUGCAUUAUAAGCCUUUCUCCAGCACAGAAGUGUGACUAGGGCUUUCCCAGAUUGAAAAGCCAGUUCCAAACAUCUGUUAAUGAGAGAACCAACACGUUUGAGUGGAUAAAUGUUUUUAAAAUAAAAUUGUCCUUGUUAAAGUGAAAUCUCAAACCACAUGUUAAAUCAACAAAAUGACCCUUUAAAUGGCUACCACUGGUUUUUCACACCCAGAAUCACAUUUCUUUAUGCAUUUGGGUUGGUCCUUCCUGCAAGUUUUCAAUGCCUGAUUCCCACACUCCCAUUCACAUGAACAUUGUAUGUUAGGCAGAGCUAACAUCAAAUUUUGGAAGGUUAUAACUUUGCAAUAUUAGACUCGUACUUUAAAGGAAUGAUUGGAAGCAAGUUGGGUAGAUUAAAACCCAACCCAAACCCAAGGGUUAAUAAUAAAGCAAACCCUCUCCUCGCGAAACUUAAGGUCAGUCUGUCUUCAAUCCACAUUAACAAACGCCAGCUGCGUUUAUUUAAUAGCCACUGUGUGUCUGAAGCCACAAUGCAUCUGACAUUCACCUUCUCAACUGUGGAGUUGAAUCUUGAGCAAAUGCAGGUGCUUCUACUUUAUUCCUUUCCAUUUUAAAGACAGGCGACACUCGAUCAUUAACACCUUGAGUACUGGACAGUUAACUGCCUCUGUGAUGCCCAGAACCCAGUGCAGUGCCUGGUCUGUAGAAUAAGUGUUUAUUAAAUUAAAUCUCAGAGCUCCCUUCCGAGGGAUACUGCCAAGAGGUAAGGCUCUAAGCCUCUACCACGUCCACUGAGAGCAGAAUCUCUCAGCUGCUCACCACUCCAGAACCGUCUCCUGAGUUUAAAUAGAAAUUCUGUGUCUUCAUCUGCACCAGUCCUGAGAGCUAACAAUCUACGCUUAACAUUUCAGUUUUAAAACUUGGCUAAUUUUCAAUAGCACUUUGUCCAAAUUGAACUGUAGAAAUUUUAUGGAUUCAGGAGUAAAUGCGCUUGAUUAAUCAAACAAGCUGGAAAACUGUUAAUUUUUUUGCUGUUGUAAAUUGAUCACUGUAAUUUUCACUUUAUAUGUCAUAUAUUUUGUAUAUACAUGAACAUUUUAAUUUCGAUAGCUUCACAGCUUGAUGUAUGGUUACUUCGUGCAGUAAGUCGGUACUUUUUUCCACUUGUAACUACAAUUCAAUAAAACUUAAUCCUGUCUGCUCAUCUUGCUCCGUGUUUAAUAAUUUAGGUAAGUCAGCAGGCAUGGCUUCUGGACAUGAGCUCCACCCAUCUACAGAAACAUCUCCAGCAAAUGAUCAUCUUUCAUCUCCAGCAAAGGAAGGAGGAGGGAGUAGGGCCACUCCCAUUGUUCUUUCUUUCUGCCUCGAGCUGCCUGGGGCAGGAGCCGCUCCUGCCUGAGUGAACGCCCAGCCAGCCCUGGUGGAGGAUACACAGGGCCUAUCACAGCCCCAAAAUGUGCACGGCAAAUACCCCCCAAUCCGUCACAUCAAACACACAUAUUGAAAAAUAAUUACAUAGAUGUAUAUGUAGAUACAGAGACAGAAAAAAAGAAAACUUGGCAAGCACAUCAAGAAGUUCUUUGUAAAUUGAACAAUGUGUAAAUUGAAUGCAUGGUUUAGAAAAUACUCAGAACAACUUAGAAAACACUAAGAACAAGGCUAACCAGGUAAAUGAAUCUUACAGCGUAAGCUCCUGGCUGGGCACAGCCUGUUGGGCUGUAAGACUAAAAGGACGAGGUUGGCUUCUCCACAGCUCUUUACACCAGUUUAAG